CAACAUUGGCCGGAGCACUAGUUUUUAUUUUGCUGUGUCAAUCUGACCCAGGCACAGCGAGGUUCUAGACAGAUGUAUCGCACGCGUCUAGAGCUGAGCACACGGGUUCUACACAGGGGCAGGUAGUAUCUGGUGCUAAAUUUGUGAUCUGUGGUUCCAGUGCCGAAUUUAUGUAAUAUUUUGAAAUUUCGCUGAACGGUUCUACGCGUGAAAGUUUUAUCUGAUCAAAUCUACCAAACUGACCUAUUGUACACCAACCAAUAAGACUAAUCGGUCGGACCAGCUAAGUGCAUUUGAUAGUUGAAAAGGUAAAGAAAACAUGGCGCCUGCUCGUAUAUCUCUUGUGUCUCUAGUUGCUGCACUCGUUCUAUUGGCUGGUUACCUGAGUGUGUGUGACUGCACUGAGUGCACCAAAGCACAUGAAACUGUUGCACGCUGCUUCACAGACAACCGUCUAACCUCUGUCAUUAAAGACGACAAGUCACCCUAUGUGCUGAUGUCGUACCUGAACCAACAGCUCUGUCAACAGCAAGAGGAUGCUGUUAAAGCAAUCAGCUGCAUUUUCCAGUUCCAAAUAGACUGUGGCCCUCGAGCAGCUGGCAUGGAAAGCUACUUCACUUCUCCAAACAAAGCUCAAGACAUCGUUACUAUGACUUGCAAACAGUUCAAUAACAUUGAUAUCACGUGCGCCAAUAAUCGAUUAGGUCAAAUUGUCGCAUGCGCUAAUCCCCCGAGGAAUCAGACGGAAAUGCCUUCUGCAUCUGACAUUGGGAAACUAAUCUGCAAAGCUCACGAAGCGACUUCCUCCUGCAUGAGACCACACCUAGAAUCGUGUGGAUGUGCCACCUAUCAGGUGAUGGAUGAAGUGUACAGAGGACCAGCAUGGCCUGUCUCGUGCACACGACCACAGGUCGGCCCUUAUCGGUGUGAUCCAAAGAACCGGAGUCUAUUUUUAGACGUGAAGGACUCCAGUUCACACAUGAUGCCGAGCGGAUUGGUCUUGUUUGUUGUAACUAUCCUAAUGCUACUAGGCUUAGAGUAGCUAUCUGAGCUAGUUAACUAGUUCACCAAAAUAGUAUUCCCAAAACACACGGUUUUCUUUUGGUAAAUAUUCUGUCACCUGUACACGCCACACUCUCGAUAUGUUCACCCCAUUUUUCUUUAACAAUACUCCCGAGAGAUACCCUUAAAAUAAAGAAUCACUUUAACAAACGUUACAACACUUAUCAGCAAUAAUAUCAGCGAUAUACUUAAUAAAUUAUUCCACUUAGGAAUUUCAGGUUAAAGUUUAAGGUUUACUUUCACAUACUGUUAUAUCUAAAUUUUGAAAGGACCUCACUCACGAAUAAUGUUUAUGUGAUUUUAACGCACGGUAUUGUAGUGGUUAAGCGAUUGCACAAAAUUACUGUUUACUUUUUUUUAAAUAAAAAAACUUAU